AUGAGACUACCAACACUUGUCGCCGGGCUUUUCGCCUGCCUCGCCACCAAUGUCGCUGCUACCGCUUUGACCUACAAGCUCGACGCUCACGAGAAGGCCUGCUUCCAUACCACUACGAAAAAGCAGGGCGAGAAGAUCGCAUUCUACUUUGCUGUUCAAUCUGGUGGUUCUUUUGAUGUCGACUACGUUGUUGAGGGUCCCAAUGGCAAGAUUAUUAUGGAUGGUCAAAAGGAGCGACAGGGUGACUUUGUCUUCUCCGCCAACGUUGUCGGCGAUUACUCCUUCUGCUUCGACAACGAGAUGAGUACUUUUGCCGAGAAGUACGUCGACUUCGAGAUUGCUGUCGAGAACGAAUCCCGCGCCCAACUCCCCUCCAAGCAGGGUACAACCCCCGAACAGACAUCAGCCCUUGAGGAGUCCAUCUUCAAGGUCUCCGGCCAACUCUCCACCAUCUCCCGAAACCAAAAGUACUUCCGAACCCGCGAGAACCGAAACUUUGCCACUGUCAACAGCACUGAGGGCCGAAUUAUCAACUUUAGUAUGAUUCAGAUCGGUCUUAUCAUCUGCAUGGGUGCUCUGCAGGUGUUUGUUGUUCGAUUCUUUUUCCAGGGUGCGCGCAAAGGUUACGUAUAA